GUUUCAAUCUGUGAAUUUCGUUUCGUUUUCGUGCAAUAAUUUUCGUUGUCCAAUCCAAGUCCAAAUAGUUGUAGUGUUGAUCAAAAAACAUUGAAGGUGAUAUCUAACAAUGUCAAGAGUUUACAAAUUUUAACAUUUCGCAAUGUCUGUAAUAAGUAAUCCUGUUUUAAACAUAAUAGUAGUCGGUUUCCACCACAAAAAGGGAUGCCAGAUUGAACAUUGUUACCCAGAGCUGGUCCCUGGGCGCCCCACAGAGCUGCCUGCAGCGUGGAGACACCUGCCUGCGCUGGCACUGCCUGAUGGUUCUCACAACUACCUGUCUGACACCAUCUUCUUUCACUUGCCUGGCCUUUCAGAGCCAGCCCAUACUGUAUAUGCAAUAUCAUGUUUUAGACAAAUUCCAUUGGAGGAAGUAGUUCAGAAAACAGAUGACAUGACACGAAGCUCAGUUCAGAAGAGUGUGUGUGUGAUCUGCCGGUAUCCGCUGUUCGGCCGCCUUGCCGUGAAGAUGGAGCUUGUGGUCCGUGCCUGGUUCCUCCAGGGAGACUUCUCGCAGACCAAACUGUUGGAAGAUGCGUUUAAUCAUCUGAACAGCUGUCCCAUACAAGUGGAACAGACGUUAGAAGGGUUGUCAGCAGUCCACGUUUCGGACACGUGGCGGCACAAGGCGCUGCUGCUGGUGAAGCUGGUGCUGCUGCGGCGGCGCGUGCUGCUGCACGGCGCGGCGGCCGGCCCGCUGUCCGCCGCGCUGCUCGCGCUGCUGUCGCUGCUGCCGCUCUGUGUGGAGCGGGGGCUGGGGCAGGCGGCUAAUGUUACGUUAUCCAGACCUCUUUCCCCAAUACCAACUCCCAUCGAGGAAGUCCAAGAAGCAGUGGAGGCAGAGACCGUGGACGACCAGCCCGACAACUACAUCAAUGGUGCAGACAGAGCUGUUGAUCUUCUGUCUCCGAAGGAAUCGGCCAACUUACUAGAUGAGAAAGACAGGAUCAGCCGACAAAGCUUUGACGAGACCCUACUCGGCGACAUCAAUGAGAAACAAGAGCUAGCACUGUCAGGCAGAGAGAAAUGCCACAGUGUCGGCGAGAAAUACAAAACACAGAAAUCGGCUAUUAUGGAAAUACAGCAAAGUCCAACUAUGGCUCGAGACAUGAGUAUUGACGGACUCUACAACUUGACAUCCCAAGUGGACCACGCCGAAUGUGGGUUACCGCUACCUCUAUUCGAGGAUGGCUAUCUAUGCCUGCCUUACUUAUCGUUGCAAUACUUAGAUCUGUUGUCGGACCCGGCAGUGCAAGGGUUUGUGGUGGGGGCUUCUAACGUGCUGUUCAAGCAGAAGCGGCAGUUGUUCGACGUGGUGGUAGACCUCAACGAGCUGCGUAUCGAGACGGCUGACCUGGCGCUGCGAAGGCAGCUCACCCUUGGUACGGAGGACUUGAGGUUCGCGGACCACGUUGUCAGGCAUGGAGCCACUCAGGGGGACAAGUGGAUCAGAGAACAGUUCGCUAGCUAUAUCAUCUAUUUGCUUAGGACUUCUCUUUUACCAGAGGGUAGUCGAGAAAUAGAACCAUACAAUGCUCAAUUCAUGGCCGCCUUCAAGGCCACCCCGGCUUACGAGAAGUGGCUGAAGCAGACCAACAACGGAGACAUCGAGGCGUUCUCCACACUCGCUCCCGUGCACCCCUUCGCCGGGCAGCUGUCAGUCGCUGACAUGAAGCUUAAGUUUGCACACACGAUGUCAUCCACGGACGGCGGUCGCAAGGUGACGGCGGCGGUGGCGAGCACGGGGCGCGCCGUGGCCACCACGUCCAGAGCCGUGGGCGGGGCGCUGUCGCAGGCGCGCGGGGCUCUCACGGGCUGGUGGUCCGCCCUCACCGCGCCCCCCGCCUGCCCCUCCGACACCUCCUCCACUGACGAGAAACAACUGCCGUCGGAUGCCGAGGAUGCGGCUGACUUCGACAACAGACGGGAUUCCCCCGAGCGGAACGAAGACCCGCCUGAUAAGACCAUAGAGGAUAAUACUAACAGCAUGAGCAAGAUCAGAGUUGUUUGAUGGGGUGCCGGACACAGGAGGCUUCGCAAUAAUCCACCGCUCAUAUUUAUUAAAGAUCUUAAUUUGACUUGUUUAUUGUACGCUGGGCGUCUGAGUCUUUGUAUUUAGAGUCAAAAUCAGUGAUAUUAUAUUAUUUGUAGCUUUCGUUGCUAGUUAAUACAUUUAUUUGUUUGUUGUGCAGUGAUUUUUGUUUUUAUACCAUGAAAAUGUGAGAUUAGUAGUAAAAUUAAGUGUAUUGUUUGUGAUUUGUUUACAAUAUUCACUAUUAAUUCAGCACAAUGAUAUAGUUUAUGUUAUAAUGACACAAGCGGCGCGUGCUCUUCCGGAUCUAGUUAUUGUUAAACGUGUGUAAAUGGAAUUUAUAUGUAUAUUAUGUUUGUGAACUGUAGAUAUGCGUAGUAGCCUUUGAUACACAUGUCGUGAUCGCUAAAAUAAUAUUUCGUUGAUCCUAAGUACUUACUUAUUUUAGUCCAAUUAUUUGUAUCUUGUGUAAGUAUAUUACAUAAUUAAUAUGUAAAUGUGUUCAGCAAUAUUUCUUUCAGAACAUUUAAGGCAUAGUAGUGUUAGAUAAAUCAAGUAAUGUUUGUUACGAAACUAUCCAUAUUUAUCGCCACGACAGUAAUUUAAGAUGAUAUAAGUAAUGUAUUUUUGUUACAAAGUAGAUUUUCUCGAUUAAUAUUUUACGUUAUAUUUUUUAUUAAAUGAAAUUAAUAUAUUGUAAUCACGUUCACGGUCACCACUUUCAGUUUCUGUAGCUGUGAAAUUUGAUAAAAUUAAAUGAUU